AUUCACAAUAAUAUUUGCCCUUCUCUUCUAAGUAAAGAUAAAACAUGGAAAUCAAUGGCGAGAAGGAGCAAGAGAAGCAGCAAAUUCCUCUUCUCACACCCUACAAAAUGGGAAAUUUCCAGCUUUCUCAUAGAAUUGUAUUGGCACCGCUGACUAGGCAAAGAUCGUAUAACAACGUUCCUCAGCCACAUGCUAUACUGUACUACUCGCAGAGGGCAACGAAAGGCGGUUUUCUCUUGUCCGAAGCCACCGGAGUUUCCGACACUGCACAAGGGUACCCACAUACUCCAGGAAUAUGGACAAAGGAACAAGUCGAGGCGUGGAAACCCAUCGUAGAUGCAGUUCAUGCCAAAGGUGGAAUAUUCUUUUGCCAGAUUUGGCACGUCGGCAGGGUUUCAAACACAGGGUUCCAGCCAAAUGGGCAGGCUCCGUUAUCAUGUACAGAUAAAGGAAUCGCUCCACAAGUUCGCGCUAACGGUGUAGAUGUUGCACAAUUUUCUCCUCCACGAAGGCUUGAAACCGACAAAAUUCCACUUAUUGUCAAUGAUUUCAAACUUGCUGCAAGAAAUGCUAUAGAAGCUGGUUUCGAUGGGGUUGAAAUCCACGGUGCACAUGGUUAUCUCAUAGACCAGUUCUUCAAAGACCAAGUCAACGAUCGAACGGAUCAAUACGGUGGGUCCCUCGAGAACCGUUGCCGUUUUGCCCUAGAAAUAACCGAAGCUGUGACCAACGAAAUCGGAGCUUACAGAGUCGGAAUAAGGCUCUCCCCAUUUGCAAAUUUUGCGGAAUGUGCAGACUCAAAUCCAAAAGCACUCGGCCUUUACAUGGCGGAGGCUUUGAACAAAUACGAGCUUCUUUAUUGCCACAUGGUUGAACCUAGGAUGACAACUGCCACCAAGAUAACAACAAAAACGGAGUGUCUGCACAGUCUUGUACCGAUGAGAAAGGCUUUUAAAGGUACUUUUAUCGUUGGUGGUGGUUAUGACAGGGAAGAAGGUAAUAAAGCCGUGGAGGAAAAUAGGGCUGAUCUCAUCGCUUACGGUCGUUAUUUCUUGGCUAAUCCCGAUUUACCGAAGAGAUUCGAGAUUAAUGCUCCGCUUAAUCCAUAUCAUAGGGCAACAUUUUAUGUUGCAGAUCCUGUUAUUGGCUAUACUGACUAUCCAUUUCUUGAUGAAAGGAAGGUCCCCAACCUAUAGAUAGGGCCUCUACUUUUGGUCAUGAUUUUUCGAAUGAAGAGAAGAUUUAUAUUCAAAUUAUAAUUGUUCGAUUACGCUAUUGUAAUUUAAUUAUCGGCUAUUUUCAUGUCAACAAAUGAACUUUGG